AUGGAUGUUCUCGCUCCUCUGGUCGUCGGCCAAAUUGCCCGCAUCUCCUGCUACGUAGUUGGGAUUGCCUUUAUUUCGGUGGCUCUGAACGUGUUCAAUCAGCUAUUCCUAUACAACCGCAAUGAACCUCCGGUUGUCUUCCACUGGUUUCCCCUUGUGGGAAGUACCAUUCCCUAUGGCAUGGAUCCUUAUAAGUUUUUCUUCUCCUGUCGUGAAAAGUACGGUGAAAUCUUCACCUUCAUACUCCUGGGGAAGAAGACUACUGUGUAUCUCGGAACCGAAGGCAAUGAGUUCAUCCUGAACGGAAAAUUGAAGGAUGUCAAUGCCGAGGAGGUCUAUGGCAAGUUGACUACACCUGUCUUCGGCACCGACGUUGUAUAUGAUUGCCCCAACUCCAAGCUGAUGGAGCAGAAGAAGUUCAUCAAAUUUGGACUCAGCCAAGCCGCCCUCGAAUCCUACGUCCCUCUGAUCGAAGAAGAAGUCAACCAAUACAUCAAGACCUCCGGCAAAUUCAAAGGAAAAACAGGUAUUAUCGACCUGAGCGCCGCGAUGGCCGAAAUCACCAUCUUCACAGCCGGCCGUACCUUGCAAGGAGACGAAGUCCGCACCAAGUUGACUGCCGAGUUCGCCAGUCUUUACCACGACCUAGACCUAGGCUUCAACCCGAUCAACUUCAUGCUCCCCUGGGCCCCUCUCCCUCACAACCGCAAGCGAGACUUCGCCCAUGCCCGCAUGCGCGAAAUCUAUCUCGAAAUCAUCCAAGCCCGCCGAGAUUCCACUACAUCCGAGGAAGACCAAUCCCAAGAUAUGAUCUGGAACUUAAUGCGCAGCGUCUACCGCGACGGCACCCCAAUCCCAGACAAGGAAAUAGCCCAUAUGAUGAUCACCCUCCUCAUGGCCGGUCAGCACCAGUCAUCAUCAAUCAGUUGCUGGAUCUUCCUUCGACUAGCUUCGCAGCCUGAAAUGACAGAAAAGCUAUACAAUGAACAGGUCAUUGCCUUUGGUUCCGAGCUCCCUGCACUGAGCUACAAGGAUAUGGACAAACUCCCCCUCCACCAGAACGUCAUCAAGGAGACCUUGCGUAUCCACAACUCCAUCCACACCCUCAUGCGUAAGGUCAAGAAUCCCCUCCCAGUCCCCGGAACCAGAUACGUCGUGCCUACUAGCCACACCCUUCUCGCCUCACCUGGCGUCACAACCCGCGAUGACAAACACUUUCGUAACGCAAUGACCUGGGAUCCGCACCGAUGGGAAUCGCGCGUUGAGGCCGAAGAUGAUGGGGAGACUAUUGACUACGGAUACGGCGUUGUGUCGAAGGGUACUAAAAGCCCUUAUCUUCCUUUCGGUGCUGGUCGCCAUAGGUGCAUUGGGGAAAAAUUUGCGUAUCUGAAUCUGACUGUUAUUGUUGCCACUAUGGUGCGUAACUUUCGCUUUUAUAACCCCGAGGAUAGAGAGGGUGUUCCUGAGACGGACUAUUCGUCCCUCUUUUCUCAGCCGAUGCAGCCAUCGACCGUUCGUUGGGAGCGUCGUGGGGAAUAA